AUGUCAGCUUUUGAAACACCAUUGCGGCCACCAAAAACGCCAGACUACCGUCCAAAUCUGGACGAGGCGAUGGAAUUAACGUACACUGAUCCGAACCUAGAAUCGUACCCAGAGGAUAGCCCUCCAGCAUCACAACUCGAGCCAAGGCAUAAAGCUGAAUUAGCCAAACAACGCAGCAACAAGGUCUACGCCUUCAAAAAGAAAGCCGUCAAAAAGAAAACCUUCCGAGGAAUAGCCGAUCCACGCGGCAGCCAAGGAAGAGGAAACAUGAAGACACCAUCAGCGCUAUCCAGUUCAAGAAGCAAAAAACUGAAACCUCCAUUUUAA